AAUGUAUGCGUAAGAAAAUGAACCAAUCAAUUUCCUUAUGCUUAUUGUUAUGCGCUUAUGCAAAAGUGUGUGCUCCCCGCUAUAGUCUGAUACGGGUUUUACAAAUAGAAUUUCUGAACACACAAUCGUUGCAUUUUUUGUGCAUGCUGAUAUGUUUAUGUGUGUGUAUAUAGAGUUCAUUGAGCAAAACAAACUAUAAGGAGAAGGAAGAAAAUAAACUGUAUUUAUUGCUUGGUAUUAAUCAAUAUUAAUUUUCUAAAGAAAAAAAAUAGAUUUACAAUUGUUAAUUGUAAAUUGAUUAUAGAUAAUUUUUUUGUUGACAUAGUUUUUUUGGUUAUAGACCAAAAGGCGCAAUUAUAAAAUACAUUGAUAUAUAUAAAAUCUCGUUCUCAUCACGUAUUAUGAGUAAAUGCUAAAGGUAUGUCGCAGGAAUUAAAUAAAAGUAAAAUGUUCAAUCAAAUAGAACAAAUGGACGACAUAGAAGUUAACAUUUCCGAAACGAGCACGAUCUCUAACCGUUUUGUAUUUUCUAAACCAAGUAAUAUAUCUCAUCCUUCAAGAGUUAUUAAUUGUGAUGUAGAAUUGGAUCAUGUUUCUGACACUCAUUCCAAUAAGAAGAAUAUAUUUACCUUUGCUGUACCUACAAUACUAUCGCAAUAUGAUGAAAAACAUACAAGCUUGCAAGUCAAUGACUCUAACAGAUAUAAGCCAAGAAUUUUUAGAUCUACAUUUAAACCCACAUUUAAUGUAUUUGCUAGCGCUCUUAAGGAUACAGAAGCUUUUGAACAACUGAAAAAAAAUUCUAGAUCGCAUACUACCAAAAUUAAUAUUGACAACUCGAUAACAUGCACCAAUGUUCCGAACGCCUUGCUGACUAAAAUAGCGGCAAAAGAAUAUUUCAUAAAAUAUGGGAAUAUCGUUAAAAUAACUAUACGUCCAAGGAAACGUACAAUCAUAGUAGUUUAUACAUCAAAAGUGGAGGCAAAUGCUGCGUAUUAUGGCAGUAGCAAUUACAUGGGUGAGAAGUUUCACGUAGAGUGGACUAAAUUGGAAUCAUCGAUGAAAAUGUCAACUAAAAAGAAAAUUCCACAUAAAAAUAUAGUGACAAAUCUACUUAAAGCGUCCGACGAUGAGAUUAAAUUUGAAUUAGAGGCCAUGACAAAUUUAGAGUAUAAUUUACAUUCUGACAAGGAGAUUAAACUAUCCGAUAAUACAUUAUAUCCAUUAAAAGUUAGAACACCUGCAGGGAAAACAGUAUUGCCGCAUGAGAAAAUGGUAACCAAAUUUGAGAAAACUGUUGCAAAGAUUGAAAAAUUUGAUACAGAGAGUCAGAUAAUUAAACCUUUACCUAAUACCUCUAUAGAGGAGUUACAAAAUAUAAUACAUCAGAUCGCUCUUACGACUGAAGACAAAUACAAGAUUUUGGAAGCUAGGGAUCGUCUCAUGAGAUUAAAACGAAUCAAACCAGCCUCGCUUGCAACAGCUGAAGUAACUAGUGGAACUUGUCCUGAUAUGUGCCCAGAAAAAGAACGUCUUAUGCGUGAAUCGCAGAGGCAAAUUGCGACAUAUGAACAGCUAGAGGGAAAUGAAUACAAAAUAAAUCAUGUGACGGCUAUAAAGCAAUAUUCAAGAUCUUCUGCGGACCAGGAGGAACCGAUGCCCCACGAAUUAAGGCCGGUAAAGUCGUUGAAAAUGACUAUGAGCUACUUGCUUCACGAAAUAAUGGAUCUCUGUGAGCAGGAAGACACAAAUUUGGCGGAAUGGUAUCACUUUCUAUGGGAUAGAACAAGAGGAAUCAGGAAGGAUAUUACGCAACAGGAAUUAUGUUGCAUAGAAAGCGUAGAAUUGAUCGAACAAUGCGCUAGAUUUCACAUAGUAUGUUCAGAGAGACUUUGCUCAGAAGACGCAUCUGUGUUCGAUAUGAAAAUUAAUACGGAAAAUUUAACAAAAUGUCUGCAGACCUUGAAAUAUAUGUAUCACGAUUUGAGACUAAAAGGUAUUACUUGUGAAAACGAAUCAGAAUUCAGAGCAUACAUUGUUUUACUAAAUUUAAACGAUGGUAAUUUUCUAUAUGAUUUGCAACAGUUACCGAAAUCUGUGCAAAAUUCAUCAGAAAUUCAAUUUGCGAUCAAUAUAUACUUUGCACUGGAUUCGAGUAAUUACUAUAAAUUCUUUAAACUCGUUCGAGAAACGACUUAUUUGAAUGCUUGUAUCUUAUUAAGAUAUUUUAAUCAAGUUAGAUUGAAAGCAUUUAAGGUAAUGUUGAAGGCGUAUUGCAGAAGUACUUCAACAGCUUUCCCGUUGUAUGAAUUAAUAGAUAUUCUCGGCUUCGAAAACGAGAACGAAGCUAAAUAUUUCUGCGAACAAGUAGGACUGAACUUUUCGAAUGACGAGUUGAACAUUCUCUUCAAUCGUCGGAACUUCAGCAUGCCCGCAGGAAGUAUACAACAGGGUAGGGCUUAUAAUCUGAUAGAAUCUAAGAGAAUUGCUUUAAAUUUCACUAUUGGACAAUGUAUCGCUGGUGGAAAAAUGCCAGAAAAGACUUACAAGGAUCAUAAACCGCAUGAUAGUUUUGACGCACAUGGCUAUUUGAUGCCUGAAUCUAUCAAUGCCAUGGAUCAAAAUACUAAUGCCUCUUCUAUAGAACAACACGAAUAUGAACAUCCAUACGAAUUUAUGGAGAGAAAGACAAAGAAGAUGCCAUCAGUCCGGGACAAAAAUCAGAAAGCCAUAAAGGAUGUUCGUCCUAUUCAAGUUAAAAAACAGUCUGCUAAUACAAAUGCAUCAAGUAUACCUAAACUUAUAUCAGUUUCCGAAUCAAUCACUUUGAAUGAUUUCCAAAUGACGACAUCAAAUGCACCCCAUGCACAAAGUGAGCUUAAACAAAAAAUAUCAAAUAUAUUUGAAUAUAAACUUCAGUCUUCUUGUACAUCAACCACACAAAUAAAUGUAGCUUUUGAUAAACAAUCUGAGUAUGAAAAUGCGAUGACUGGUACAAUGCAUCGUGAAAACACUAUGACUGAAGAUAAACAAUCUGAAAUUUUUGGUAGCAAUAAUAUUUUUAGUAAUAACAAUGCAUUUACAAACGAUCCUAUCGCAUUUUCAAAACAAUUAGAAACAUCGCAUAAUGUAGAACCUGCUGCGUCUUCGGCAAUAAAUCAGAAUGUCGAUUCAGGGAUAAGAUCGGAAGAUAUAUUUAUUAGAAAUAUUACGCCUUCAACGGUUUUCGCUAACAAUUAUUUUCUCACACCACUUUCAACAAAUGUAAAUGAUGGGAAUAAAAUAACAAAGAAACAAACUAUCUCCUCUCAGGAAGAACAGAAAGUCCAAGAUGUACAAAUUAUUUUGAAGGCUGAAAAAGCGAAAUUGGAGAAGUUGGAGUAUGAGAGAAAAAUGCAACAAAUCGAGGAACAGUCGGAAGAAAUUUACAACAGCUUAUAUAAGGAAAUCGCAUAUGAAUUCUGCUCUGCUAUUGCAAAAGAAAAUAUGGAAAGGAUAAAAAUAUAUGACACAUUGAGCGAAAAAAUCCUUUUCGACAUGACUGGCGAAAUUAUUCAUGAAAUAUGUAAUGUAUUAUUGACUGCUGAAAUUAAAAAUCAGCGGAAGUUACAAGCCAUGUUGUCAAGAAUUAAAAAUCAAGCAGUUGCCAAGUGUUUCAAUGCUUGGAAACAGUACGUAUCGAAAAAGAAACGACAGAGAGAGGCAUUGGAAAACACACCGGUUUGGUUGCAGAGGCAAUCCGUGGAGGAAAACGCGAGAAUGCUAUAUUCCAAGGAACAGGAAAUAGUGAUACAAAAUAUGCGCGAAAAACAAUGUCAAUCGGAUGACACAACUGGUAUGAUACCAACUCUUGCGCCAAUCGAAAUUAUCGUGUACGCUGGUAUUAAAGAGAAUCUACGAUUAUUGGAUAUUGGUCCUUUGAUUAACAUAUUUUGGAAACUGGUGAUCUCCUGGCCGGAUUUGAGCAAUAAAACGAUCUUAUGGCAUUAUAAGAAAAUGAUAAAUGAAUACUUAUAUCCUGAAGAUUUUACGAUGGAUCCUAUUAUAAAAACUUAUCGACCAAAUCCCUAUGAAACUUUACGUGUUUGCAUAAGGCAUUUCGAGGGUUUUAUCAGUGAGCAUAAUUUAGUCGGUACUGAUGCGCUUCUAUUUAUCGCUGAUGCUUCGGAAAACUAUGAACUUGUUAUUAAACGUUUAACGAAAACUAUAUUAUCAAGACACAAGCUGAUGCCUAUGCCGCUGGCUUUUAUAAUCCUGGGUAAUGGAAAUUUGAAAAUUCAGAAUGAGGAUAUCGUCUCAGUCUUGGAAUCUCUCUUGGAAUCUGGUUACAUAUUGGAAUAUACAAUUAUGUACAAGGAAGAUUUGUCUACAAAAAUUAUUUUAAAUUUGAUACAAAGCGUAGUUUUAUGGUUGACAGUGAACAAAUCACCACCAAUUCCACUGGAAAUGGAUUAUUUGUAUAAUAUAUAUAAUAUUUGUUUGUCAGAAGAGUUGUGGUUAAGGAUAUUGGGUGAUGCUAUGUUCAAUAAACAAUUGUCAAAUGCAUUAAAAAAUCCUAAUUUUGUAAUUGAUUUGCACAACGAAGCUGUAAAUCAUUUGAUAGACAUAAUUUUAGAUCCAGAAUCUAUGUUAUAUACAAAUUUUGCACCCGAAUUAAAAAAAUUCCUUCAAAAUAGUAGUACGAUGCCAUGCAGUUAUGAAUACUUGGACGAAUCGUGGAAACAAGAUGAAUACAGAGCAAAAUUAGAGAACAUAAUGAAUAGUUUUGUGUUACCACCGUGGAAUGCACCAUGGCCAAUAACGGAUAUACAAGAUUUACGACGAUAUAUUACAAAAUAUUGUAGAGAGGUGCUAUCUGACUCAAAUUGCAACAUUGUAUUUUGCAAUAUAUUAAGUAAUUUAUACCUUACUUCAGGAAGUUUGCAGUUAUCCAAUUUCGUACACAUACUACUGCAUGUGAUUAAAGAAAAAAUACAACUUUUGGAUGAACAUAUAGUCAUUUAUAACAAAAAUCACAUCAAACAUUUCCAGACAUUACCAUGGUGGUUUAAAUCUAAUGUACUAACAAAAUUUUUGUCGCGCGAAUUAAACUGUGAUGAUAAUUACAUAUUAAACGAACCAGUGAUAAAAAGAAAGAAACUCAAUACGUCGGCAAACGAUUUGUAUGAUAGUGUAUUAGACGAGAAAUUUGAUUCAUUAGCAGAAUUUUGUGAAAGUACCAAAACUCGAGUCAUAGAGAUACACUCUGUGUCUAAGGAGAUAGAGAGCCGUUUGCAAACGCAACAAUUGGAGAAUAUAUUAUUGGAAGAGCGAUUGAAGAAUGCCUUGUACGACGAAGAGAACUUUGUAAAGGGAAAUGCGUAAUUUUUUCCAUUCACCUAUAUAUGGUAUGAUUUAUAAUAUUUUGGUUCUAUAAGUUUUAUUAUGUACAUAUAUGUAUGUGUCUAUACACGCACACAUACAAAUAUACACAAUAUUUUAAUUAUAUUUACAAUCUAAUAAGUCAAUAUGCUAGGAAUAACUAAUAUUAUAUUUUCUAGUAAAAUUAUAUAUUUAUAUAUACAUUACAUUAAAAAUAUGUAAAUAAAAUGUCAUAACAAAAUUCAGCUAUAAUUUUAUUUAAAUAUUAUGAAAUUAUAUAUUAUAGACGAACAUAUAAAUGUUAUAUAUUUAGUAAUUUAUUUUUCACACAUAAUUCAAUUGUUCCAUACAAUAUAUAAUAUAUAAAUCAUAGAAUUACAUAGGAUACAGAAAUAUUUUUAACAAAACAUCGCUUCUCUAUGAUCUGAAAAGUAUUGUCAUUUGAUAUUGUACAUUCGCACAAAUUCUUUUAGAGAAAACAAAAAAAAUUCUUUAUAAAUAAUAUUCUAUUUAGAAAAAUUAAUGGAAGAGAUAGAAAUAAAGACGGGAGAAAGAACGAGCACAAAAUUAAAAUUGUUUUAUUAAUCUAGUCUCAAAUUUACCGUUUCUUUUCCUAUAUUUGUAUAUCUUUCUUUCAGAGAUUUAUAUAGAUGUAUAGAUAUUCCUAGUGUGACAAUUUUAUUGCAUAUAAUGCACGAGAAAAAUACUUAAUUUGUAGAAAUACAUGACUAAAAAAAAAAAAACAUCUAAUAUAAGAUAUUUAAUAUGAUAAUAACAAAAUCGUGUAUUUUUGAACAAAUUGAGAUCAAAUAAUUUAUAUAACAAAGUUUAAUAUUGUAUACAUAAUAUAAAAAAAUAUAUAACAUAUUUUUUCACUUUGAAAGAAAACUUAAUGUAUAACAGUUUUAACAUAUAUAAAAACAUAAAAAACUUUGAAUGCUCAAAUUAACUUUGUUUUCUGAGAUUUUGCAAAAUUUUUUAAUUUUCUUAUACAUUUACAUAAUUAUUUAAAUUUUAUCACUUAAUAAAAUUGGGGUAGAUGAAGGAAAAAAUAAAUAAAAAAUCUUUGGUUUCCCUAUAUUUUUAAUUUAUUCGGAAUGAAAGAAACAUGAGAAAAAAAAGAAAAGGAAACGGGAAUAACGAGAAAUUAUCUAUUCAAAAAAUAAAUAGUACAAACGUGCGUAAGAAUCUUUUACAGUGAUAUCAAACAAACAUGAAAUAAUAAUGAUUUUAUGUCUAAUGCAAAGAUAUGCUGCAUUAUACACAGAUAAACACACACACACACAUCCACACGCGCGCACACACGCACACACACACACGCACGCACGCACACGCACAUCAAUUGCACUACCAUACAAGGUGCAUCUCGAUACUUAUUAUAGAAAAAAGUUUAAUUUUUAUUUAAUAAAAAAUAAAUUAAAUUGUAUAUGUAACAUGUCAUGAAAAUAUAAUAUUAUACUGUGUCAGUAAAAAAUAUGUAUAUAUUAAGUUAAACAGCUAUAUAUAUUGUGAAAUAUCACUGUUAAAUUUAUACAUGCGCACAUACAUACUUAUAUUCAGGAUGUUUCAAAACCACUGUAUCUUAACAGUGGAUUCUGAUUAAAUUAAAAUCUAUUUCUUCAGCGGAAAUGUCGACAUUAAUCAUUUCCGAGUCACAGAACGUCUUAAAAAAAAAAAAAAAAAAAAAAAAAAAAAAAAAAAAACACUAAA